AUGCAAUGGUUUCCGGGAUCGGUGGACACGGCGAUUCAGAUAUCGCGCAAGAACAAAGCGCUUCUCAUCGUCUACAUCGCCAGCGACGACGAGAACGGCAAACUCAUGGAGCGUCUCUGGAACGAGAUCGACGCGCCGAAUUUCGCGUGUCCGACGGUCGGCAUUCGAAUGCACAAAAAUGACAAAGAAGCUCAACAAUUCGCGCAAGUUUAUCCCACACCAUUUUUGCCGGCGAGCUAUUUGAUUGAUCUCCAUGGAAAACCGCUGGAAGUGAUUACCCACUUAAUUGGGCUUAAUAAUGAUUCGUUCCGAAGUCGCCUCAACAAGGCGGUUGAUCAAUUUGUCAAGGAUAAUGGGGCGAACGUCACGACUCCAAUUGUAGCGGCUCCGCAAGCUUCUGCUCCAGCUCCGGCACCGACGUCCAGCCAGCAAGAGAUUGCUGAAAAAGUGCUUCGCGCCAAGAAGCUACUCGAAGAGAAGAAGAAGCUCGACGAGGAGAAGAAGAUCGAGGAGGGCAAGAUGAAGGAGAUCGAGCGAAUCAAAAAUCUCAAAAUGAUGCAGAAGGCGAAGGAGGAGCGCGAGGAGCGCGAGAUACGCGAAGCGGCGAAACAACGCGCGCGCGAGAAAUUGGAGUCGGAGAAGGAGCGCGAGCGGCUCCGCGCGCAAAUCAAAGCCGAUCGCGAAGAAGCCGAAUAUCGGAAGAAGCGAGAAGCGGCGGCGGCGAAUUCGAGCGGCGAGUCGGCGAGAAUCGACGAGACGACGACGACGACGAAGGCGAUUCCGACAGACCGUUGCCGAAUUCGCGUGCGAAUGCCGAAUGGUUCGACGCUUGACGAGGAAUUCGCGUCCGGCGACAAUCUGAAUUCGUUGAUUGAGAUUAUUAGACAGAAAACGCAAAUUCAAGGCGAAUUCGAGUUAUCGCAAGCAUUUCCGAAGCGCAUUUUCAAUGGUGACGAUUUGGACAAGAAUUUCAUUGAAAAUGGUUUGACGCCAUCGAGUUCGUUGAUUGUUCGCCAAUCAAUGGCGCAGAAUCAACUAUCAAAGCCGUCGAGCUUCAUGAGCAUUCUGUCAUGGCUCUUUUUGAGUCCGAUUCAGAUGAUGGUUGCAUUGUUCACGAGCUGGACGAGCAGCGGCCGAAGUGGCAGCUCGAAGAAGGAUGAUGAGCCGGAGCCGGCCGGCGGCGAUGCUCAGCCGCGUCGUCGCGGAAUGCCGAGAAGCGCGGAAGUGCGACGACGCGGCAACUUCGCCGCACUCGAUAAUCCGAACGAUAGCGAUCCUGAAGAAGAAGCGAGAUAUAAUGGCAAUUCGACAAGUUUCCUUUAA